UGGUCUGUGAUGCAAAUAAGGUUUUUAGGCGCGAAAAAUGACAAAAAGUCAAAAUGAAAAUUCAAAAUAUUUAUAACAAUUAACAAUGUGCAGGCUCACUGCAGGCCAAGAAAGAAAAAAAAAGAAAACAAUUAACAAUAUUCGCUCAUCAGAUAAACUAAUAAUUUUCAGGCUUAGGUAGACUUAUCCAGCCGAUCAUAAUAAGUAUAGUUUAUUGUAACGACAAAUACAGAAGCACUAUGCCUAAAGGACGAGAUACUACAAAGUCCGUAACUUGGUUAAGUGAAGAAAUAUCCAACCAAUAUAAUUUCUCAACCACAUUUCAUUAUUACAAAAAAUUUCAAUUCAAAGAAAUAAUUGCUGAAGUAGGCGACUAUGUAUUAGUGUCAAAUGCUGAUUCUGCAGAACCUGAUACUGAAGAAGGCUGUGAUGCAGCUAAAAUACUUGCAUUAUAUGAAGAUAAAUACAAUAAAAAUGAUCCAUUUAGAGCAAAAGUUCAGUGGUAUUCAAAACCUAGUGAUUUGCCUAAAGGUUGUUUGAAUAGUCAAGUAUCUAUGGACUUUUCUGAAAAAGAGGUUGUGGAGGAUCACCGUCCUUUUGACACAGAUGUGUCUAUAGAAACAUUCUUUAAGGAAUGCCACAUCAACACUACUUUUACCAGUGACAAUCAAAUAAGUUCCAGAAAACCUUUUCAUUACAUUUGCAGAUAUAGGCUUAUACCAAUCACUAAGAGAAAAGUUAGAUUAGAACCAGUAUUAGAAGAAGAAAGACAUGCUUUAGAACUUUUAGUGACUCCUAAGAAAAGUACAACACCUAAAACGCCCAACAGCUUAAUAAAAAAGAUGAGUAGAGCAACUAUUUCAGAAAGAAAUUGGAGUAUAAGUAAAAAUGAUGGCACAAAACUGUUGCUUAAAAGAGCUAUAUUAUCUGAUAAAAAUGAUAAAGAACCUUGUAAAACUUCAGAAAGUUACUCUCCUGCCAUUGAGAAAACUAUAAAUGUUUCACAAAAUUAUAGCGAGAUUGAGGAAAUUCAGUUACUGAAAUUAAAAGAAAACUCUGAUGGAGAACUUCCAACACUAAUAAUUAGAAAACAUAUACCAACAACACCUAAACGAAAAAUUCCUAUACAACAGUCUCCAUCAAGAAAUACAAUACAUUUGACACCUAAGAAAAAUUUGAUUUUUGAAGAAGAAAAAUGUUAUGCAACUCGAUCUGGUAGAAAGACUAAAAACCCUGUAUCAUAUUGUGAAUCUGAAGUAUCCCCUGUAAAAAAAACUCCUCAAAGGAGUCGUAAGGUGUUAGACACGAGUGAUGACUUUUCAAUGACCCCAAGAACUCCGAGAUCUUCAAGGACACCGAGAGUAUCCAAAACUCCUAGAACUUCACUGGCAAAAACUCCAAAAACUGUUAGAAGAAUUUUAACUAGUGAAUUGACUCCCACACUCCAUUCAAGGGCUCAUUCUGUUGGAAACAUUGAUGAUUUCACAAAGGACAAUAGUUCUCUACCGGGAAGAGAAGUUCAGCUGGAUGAAAUACUAGCUUUUGUAAGAUCAAAAUUACUAAAUAAUUUGAGUGGAUGCAUGUACAUAUCGGGAGUGCCGGGAACCGGUAAGACGGCUACCGUUAACACAGCUUUAAAGAUUCUGAAAGAGGAAGUAGAUCUACCCGAGUUUCAGCUCGUAGAGGUUAAUGGAAUGCGAAUAGCUGAGCCCCGACAGGCUUAUGUACAGAUCUAUAAACAGCUGACAGGCAAAUCUGUAGUGUGGGAGCAGGCCUGUGCCCUUCUAGAGAAGCGGUUCACUAAUUCCGGACCGAGAAGAGUGCCAACAGUCCUUUUGGUGGAUGAGUUGGACGCCCUCUGCAACCGAAGGCAAGACGUGCUGUACAGUAUAAUGGAAUGGGCGGCCCACAACACGGCACAGUUGACGGUGCUGGCCGUGGCCAACACCAUGGACUUGCCCGAGAGAGCUUUGGCGGCUCGCGUGGCCUCUCGCCUGGGCUUGACCAGGCUGCCGUUCCCUCCGUACACUCAUACGCAGCUGCAGUGCAUCGUGGCCACUAAACUGGCUGGAGCCAACGUCACGCCGGAUGCUGUUCAGCUGAUUGCCAGGAAAGUAGCCGCAGUAUCGGGCGAUGCGCGUCGGGCCAUAGCACUAUGUACACGCGCCUUAGAACUGGCGGAGGGACAGGCCGGCCUCCCGGAAGUUCAGAAGGCUCUCAACGAGGCGGCUUCCAGUGCCACAGUCAGAGCUAUCGGAUUUUGUUCACAGGCUGAAAAAUUAAUGCUCAGGGCCGUGGCUGCCGAGGUGGAACGUACAGGCUCAGACGAGACAACAUUGUCCAAAGCGUUAGCGACCGCCGCUGCGAUAGUGGCGCUGGACGGGAGGCCGUAUCGGUGCGCUACGAGCAUACGAGCCCCGACUCCAGCUCAAGCACAAGCCAUAUGCGCAAGAUUAGCAGCACUCAAACUCCUCCUGCUGGAACCGAAGCCGUCGGAGCCGAGACUCCUAUUGAACAUCAGCACUUCCGAUGUGUACUAUGCCACUAAAUGUAAUAUUAGGAUGGAUGCAUAAAUGUUUACAUUGAACACUUGCUAAUAUUUUCCUAUGCGGUAUGUGUGGAACUAAUUUAUUUUUACUUUUAAGUUGUUGCAGAACUAGUUACAAACGGAUAUAAUUUUACGUAACUCUUACACUCUGAUUUUCAAUUCCGUAGAUUUCUGACAGCUAUAAUUUUUUGACAUGUCAGUGAUGGCAAACCUUUUUGGCCGGGCACAUUUUUCAAUUUCAAUACGAGUCUGAACAUCUGAGUCUAUACAUACAUUUUACUGUUAGUUAAUGUACCCAUUUUAAAAGUGUUUAAUGGCGAGUGGUUAUUACGUUCCUUUUUAUCACAAACAGUAAAAAACGCACAAGUAAAGAUAACAUUAUAUUUUUUUUAAAGGUUUACUAAACCUGGAAUUAGUAGUACGCAAUGAUGCCAGCUAAAGAAUAAAAUAAAGUAAUUAAAUUUAAUUUGAUAUAAAAAAUUCCAAAAACUUACAGUUGUAUUUAGACUUAUGAGUUAAAUUUGACUAUAAGAAAAUUGUUCUAUUUUGAGAAUUCAUAACUGAUGUAUCAUAACUACUUUUAGUGAAUAAUAAGUGCCUUUGUUAUUGAUAGAUUAAAAGAAAAAUGCCUCCAAAGUACAAUUUAGUUGACAUAUCAUAGACAUUGUUAUUUAUAAGACGUAAACUAAUAGCUUGAUUAAACAUUUGAACUAUC